AUGGGUUUUCUUCAAAAGUUCAUGAUCCUUCUCUUCUUGCCUCUGUUGCCAUCUCAAACCAUUUCUGCCUAUUCCUCUAGCGAUGUGACAUCCUGGUGUAGCAAAAUGCCUUAUCCUCAACCUUGUGAGUACUUCUUGACCCACAACCCCAAGCAAGCUCCCAUCAAGCAAAAAUCCGAUUUCCUCAAGAUCUCGAUGCAACUGGCUCUAGAGCGAGCUCAAUUAGCCCACGACCACACACACUCGUUGGAGUCGAAGUGCAGCAACGAACGAGAGAAGGCUGCUUGGGCCGACUGCCUCCAACUGUACGAGCACACUGUUCUUCGUUUGAACAGAACCAUCGGCCACGAGUGCACCCAAGAUGAGGCGCAAACGUGGCUUAGUACGGCCUUGACCAAUCUCGAGACAUGCCGAGCUGGGUUCGUUGAAUUAGGCAUCUCUGACAAUGUAUUGCCUUUGAUGUCAAAUAAUGUUUCCAAGUUGAUAAGCAACACUUUGGCCCUCAACCAUGCACCCUUCACUACGCCUAACUACACGAAGAAAUUUCCCACUUGGGUGAGGCCUAGCGACCGAAAGCUCUUGCAGUCUUCAUCUGCGGUUUCAAAGGCCAAUAUCGUGGUGGCUCGGGACGGUUCAGGGAAUUACAAGACGAUCAGUGAAGCCAUAACCGCAGCAUCAAAGCAGACUGGCACUGCAAGGUACAUCAUCUAUAUCAAGGCUGGUACUUAUAAUGAGAACAUCGAAGUCGGGUCGAAAUUGGACAACAUUAUGUUCGUUGGUGAUGGCAUUGGGAAGACCAUAAUCACUGGAAGCAAAAGUGUUGGUGGAGGCUCUACCACUUUCAAAUCAGCGACUGUCGCUGUCGUUGGUGAUGGAUUCGUCGCACAAGAUAUCACUUUCCGUAAUACUGCUGGUGCUGCAAAUCACCAAGCUGUUGCUUUGCGCUCUGGCUCUGAUCUCUCAGUGUUCUAUAGAUGUAGCUUUGAAGGUUACCAAGACACUCUCUAUGUUCAUUCGGAACGUCAAUUUUAUAGAGAGUGUGACAUCUAUGGCACCGUUGACUUCAUCUUUGGAAAUGCGGCCGUUGUUUUCCAGAAUUGCAACAUCUAUGCCAGAAACCCUCCUAACAAAGUCAAUACCUUGACCGCACAGGGCCGAACUGACCCAAACCAAAACACUGGCAUCUCCAUCCACAAUUGCAAGGUCACUGCAGCUUCAGACCUAAAGUCAAUUCAAAGUUCCGUGAAGACAUACCUUGGUAGACCCUGGAAACAAUACUCCAGGACAGUCUUCAUGAAGACUUAUCUUGAUAGCUUGGUUAACUCUGCUGGUUGGAUGGAGUGGGAUGGCAACUUUGCCCUCGACACUCUAUACUAUGGAGAGUAUGUGAACACAGGCCCUGGGUCAUCGACUACCAAUAGGGUCAAAUGGGCAGGUUAUCAUGUCAUCACAAGCGCAACCGAGGCUGCUAAGUUCACCGUUGGGAGCUUCCUUGCCGGGGGCACCUGGUUGCCUGCCACUGGCGUGCCGUACACAUCUGGCCUUUAAGCUCGUUGAAGAUGGAAAUUUAGAGGUGGGAUGCAAGUCUUACAGGAGUACAGGGUGCCUCAAAAGGAACACAAGUGUUCUGUCAUUUGCAGCACAUUCGCCCAUUAGCAGAAAAUUCUUUCUUAUAUA